GCGGGGUGAUGACGUAGCUCGUCGGGGGGGCGGUGACGUGCGGGAGCGCUGCCAGCUGCGGGGAUGGAGGAGAGGGAGCAACUGCGGCGGCAGAUCCGCCUGCUGCAGGGUCUCAUAAAUGACCAUAAAAACGUCCAUGGAAACGCGCCGGUGCCCCUGCCUUCUGCGACGCCGCGGUGGAGGAGUCCCCGGCAGCCCUCCUUCGGCAGGCGCGGGGCAUUUUCGGCCGGCUUCUCCCAGCAAGCUCCCCGGGAUUUCCAGCCGCGCCGGGGUAACUCCUGGAGGAAAAAGUACUCCCUCGUGAACCGGCCGCCCGGACCGGCCUGUCACACUGGCAGCAACGUGAGCGUGAGCACUUCGCAGGGGUCUGCGAGCCAAGGGGACAGCCAGACGCCCGAGCUGCACGGAGCAGCCCCCGAAAGGCACGUGGACUUGACUACGGAUGGUAACAUAGUCGUUGGGAUCCAGCUGCCGCAGAGGACUGGCCCGGUUGUAAACACUAAAAGUUUUGCUGGAGUGAGUUCUUAUCGUGAUGUUUCUGGGCUGAAAAAGGUGGUGGCUGCUCCGGAUGGCAGUAAAAAUCUGCAGAAAUGCUCUAGCUCUCUGUACACGAGCCAAAAUGACGAGCGAAAGCCCUCUUUCUCGCUUUCCUUUAAUUCCUCCUACCAGUCUGCAAGCUCAGUGCACCCGAACGUGUUGGGCGCGCUGAGAACGGCGCGUCUGUCCGGCGAGGUGGCCCAGAGCACCGUUACCGCCCGCAGAACUGCCAGCGAAAGCGCCGUCACGCUCAAGUCGGAGCCGCAGCAGCCUCCGGCCGCGCCGAGCCGCCAGCCGGGUUGCCGCUCGGCGUGGAAGAAGCCGGAGCCGCCGGUCCCGGGGCAAUCUGGCUCGGAGCAGGUCAGAGAUGCUCUCGGAGAGCCAAAGCUCCUCGGAAACGCCGAGACGCGCUCUAGACCUGCUCAGGCUGCGACUUCGGCGGUGGGGGUGAAUCCAACGAAGAGUCGAUUUUCAGCGCUCUCCAAAGCGACCGGUCUCCAAAGGGCCGCCUCAACGUCAGUCUCCGGCAAAGCUUUGAAAUUCAGGAAAACCAAUUACACGUGGGUUGCAAACCCUGGUAAAUGUUCUCGUGCUGUGAAAAGAUGGAUCAGCCCUCGAGCUUCUGAUGGCACGAGGAAGCUCGCUGGCGGGGCAGACAGAGCAGCUAAGCUAUCGCCAAAAGCAGACUUGGGAGCAAAGCUGAAGAAAUCUGGACUGCAGCCCAAAUUGGGGGUUUCCCCCAGCAAGUAUAAAUGGAAAGCCUCCAGCCUGCAGACCUCUCCCUCCACCUCCAAGUCAGCAUUCAGGUGGCAGUCUGAGGACCAGAAGAAGGCUGGGGCCACCGGGGUCUCUAGGGCCAGCUCUGCGCUGCUGCCCCUGAGCGACGCGUCUGUCGGUCACGGCGGGGUGAAGUCCUCCUUCGGUGACACUGCGCUUUCUGGUUAUAAAGUGAAGAGUCGGACAAAAAUCAUCAAGAGGAAAGGAAGCUCGUGUUCCCCAGCAGAUAAGAAGAGCAGCUCCUCCCCUGCGACACCUCUGAGAAGCCACUUCCAUCUCAGGAGGAAAAACUCCUCGCGGGGGAAGCCUUCUGCGACGCCGAAACGCUCCUCGCCCAAGGGCCUGGUGCAGAUCACCAAGCACAGGCUGUGCAGGCUGCCGGCCACCCGGGCGCAGGUCUCUGCCAAGGAAGGUGCCAAUCUGCACUUUGUACGGAGCCCCCCGGGCAGCAAGGUGAUAAAGACUCGCUACAGGAUAGUGAAGAAGAACGUGGUUUCUUCCAUGGGUUCCUUAUCGUCCUUCAACAGCCCUGUUCCCACCUGGAAGACGAGGCGCCUUGCAACAUCCAGAUCCCCGGGAUUAAACCAAAUGCGCCCGUCGCCGCCGAGCAGCAAGUCGCAGCAGAUGCAGCAGCGGUGGCGGAGCAAAGGCUUGCGCUGCAUCGGCGGCGUCAUGUACAGGGUGUCGGCGAACAAACUCUCCAAGACCUCCAGCACUCCCGGCCGGGGCAGAGACCAGAGCACCAAAAGCCCCGGCAGAGCAGCGAGGUUGACCUCUACGCCCAGCAGUCCCGGCUACUCGCCGUCCAGCUGCCUCAACAGAUCAGCCACGAGCCGCUACAUCGCCAGCCGUGCUGUUCAGCGGAGUUUGGCCAUCAUUCGUCAAGCCAAACAGAAGAAAGAGAAGAAGAAGGAAUAUUGUAUGUACUACAACCGCUUUGGCAAGUGUAAUCGUGGAGAGAGCUGCCCCUACAUCCAUGAUCCAGAGAAGGUGGCCGUCUGCACCAGGUUCCUCCGCGGCACGUGCAAGAAGACGGACGGGACGUGCUCCUUCUCCCACAAAGUUUCGAAAGACAAGAUGCCAGUGUGCUCUUACUUCUUGAAGGGGAUCUGCAGCAACAGCAACUGCCCCUACAGCCAUGUCUACGUGUCCCGCAAAGCCGAAGUGUGCCAGGAUUUCCUCAAAGGCUACUGCCCCAUGGGAGAAAAGUGCAAGAAGAAGCACACGCUGGUUUGCCCGGACUUCGCCAAGAAGGGCGUCUGCCCCAAGGGCGCCCAGUGCAAGCUGCAGCACCCGCAGAAGAAGCGCCGCCCACGGCAGCCCGGCGCUGCCGGCGACGCCGACCGCGGCCACCCACCCUCCAAGUGGCGACGGCUCUGUGGAGAAACGAGCAGGAACGAUGCCGCGCAGCUCCACGAUGACGGGGUGACGCCGGGGCCCUCCGGCGCGGAGCGAGAGGCGACGUUUUGGAGCGACGCGGAUCCCUCGCGGAGCAGCGGGCUCCAGAAGCUGCCGUCCUUCAUCUCGCUGCAGUCGCCUGCCUCCCCUGGGAGCGGGGCGCGCGAAGCCGAGCCGGGUGAGGACGAACCCGCGGAGGAGCCAGGUGCCACCAAGUGGAAAAGGGCUUUCGCGUCCCCAAGGCGCUCGGAAAAUGCGGCUCUCGACGAGGGACGAGGGAAGCGGCUGCAGAUCAAGCCCAGGCUGUGAGCGGGACCUGCCCGGCGCUGGCACCUUCCCCGGACCCGCGCGGCGGCCCAAGAGCUCAGGAAACGCAGCGCCGGGCCCGGCCCGGCACCUACCUCAGGACACUGCGCCGGGCCGCCGGUGUCUCUUCCCUCCGGCUUUUAACUUUCCAAUAAAUUAUCAUUUAAGCCGGACCUCUGGUUCGGGUUUAGCAUU